AUGGAAUUGAAGCGAAUCAACAAGGAACUAAAGGACUUGUAUAAGCAUCCUCCUGCUUCUUGCAGUGUUGGCCCUAUCGCUGAUGACAUGUUUCAUUGGCAAGCCACAAUUAUGGACCCAGCAGAUGGCCCAUUUCCUAGAGGCGUGUUUCUUGUGCAAAUUCACUUCCCUCCUGAUUAUCCUUUCAAACCACCCAAGGUUUCAUUCCGUACAAAGGUUUUCCACCCUAAUAUCAACAGUAAUGGUAGCUUUUGCCUUGACAUCCUCAAAGGGAAGUGUAGCCCUGCACUCAUAAUAUCCAAGGUGCUGCUGUCCAUUUUCUCUUUGCUGACAGAUCCCAACCGAGAUGAUCCUCUGGUUCUUGAAAUUGCCCAUAUGUACAAGAGUGACAAAGUUAAGUAUGAGGCCACUGCACAUUCAUGGACUCAGAAAUAUGCCAUGGUUUAA